UAAUGCCGAUAUAUGUGAGAGAUUAUCAGAUUUAGGAGUAAUAUCUGAUGCAUUUUUAUCAACUCCAGAAUUAACAGCAGACAUUGAUUCUCCAUCAUCAUCAUCAGAUAAUAAUGGUGGUGGUGAAAAUUCUCUACCAGAUAAUGAUGUUAAAGAACCACCAGAUGAACAAUCAUCAUCAUCCAUAUCAUCAAAGGAGAAGAAAUCAAAAUCAUCACCGAUAACGGAGAUGUUAUAUACAAAAUGGCUUGAUCAAUUACGAAUUAAAUGGCCAAUAGGAUUUGGUUCAGGUUCAUAA